UUUUAAGCUUAAUGUUUGCUAAAUCUAAGGCGGAAAUGAAGUUAUUAAUAAAACAGUUGCAUCUUAUCUUCAGAGUGGCAUUGUGCAACAGCCUUGUCAUCAUCAUAUUCAUCUCGUGUAUGUCCACAGUCGCCAUGGACGUCGAUGAUAACAUAUCAAAUGAUCGACUAGCAUUACUCGCUUUCAAGAAUUUAAUAGCUCAAGAUCCACUGGGAACAUUUAGUUCUUGGAACAGCAAUAAUGAGUCUCUUCAUUUCUGUGAGUGGAGAGGUGUUACAUGUAGUCGUCGUCAUCGUAGUAGAGUUACUGGGAUUGAUCUCCGAUCACAAAGAUUGGUAGGUUCCAUAUCACCUUACAUCGGAAACCUUAGCUUUCUUCAAGAUCUUCUUCUCGGCAACAAUAGUUUACAUGGUGAGAUCCCACAACAAGUUGGUCGUCUUUCUCGGUUGAAACGUUUAGGUCUUUCGAACAAUUUCUUGGACGGAGAAAUUCCGGAUAAUAUUUCUCGUUGUUCCAAUCUCAUGCACCUUAAUAUUUCUCACAACAAGCUUGUGGGAAGCAUUCCAAAAGGAUUAGGCUACUUGUCUAAUCUCAUAAGGCUUGGUCUUAGAGAUAAUAAUCUAACAGGGGAAAUUUCAACUUCAUUAGGCAACCUUUCAUCUCUUACUUCUCUUGAUAUUAGUUUUAACAGUUUGGAGGGGAGGAUUCCAAGUACUCUAAGCCAACUAACAAGCUUAAAAACACUGGGUCUGGCUUUGAAUAAGUUUUCAGGUACGGUUCCAUCUUCACUCUACAAUAUGUCAUCACUUAUAAUCUUUGCAGUGAUGACAAAUCAACUCCAUGGGAGUGUUCCUUUUGAUAUUGGUUUCACACUUCCAAAUCUAGAACACUUCUCGAAUGCAGAUAACAACUUCACUGGAACCAUUCCUACGUCAAUUUCCAAUUUGUCCAACCUUAAAGUUUUACAACUAAACUUGAAUAACUUUGUUGGAUCAGUCCCCAAUAACCUUGGCGACUUAAAAAGUCUUGUUAUUUUGAAUUUAUCACAAAAUAAACUUGGAAGUGGGCAACCGGGUGAUUUAACCUUUCUCAAUUCUCUAGUCAACUGUACCGAUUUGAAGUUUCUGAUUGUACACCGCAACAAUUUCAGGGGGGUCUUACCUAAUUCUAUAGCCAAUCUCACAAAUAAGCUUGAACAACUAUAUCUCUCCAAGAAUCCGAUAUACGGAAGUGUUCCUGAAGGUAUUCAGAAUCUUGUAGGUUUAACGAUGCUCAUUCUGGAAGACAACCUGUUCACAGGUAGUAUUCCUCAAGGUAUCGGGAAACUUCAAAUGUUGAGAAUAUUAGAUUUUCGGCAGAAUCAAUUCUCUGGUUCAAUCCCUUCUACCUUUAGUAACUUAACUAGACUAAUCGAAAUCACUUUACCGUACAAUAACUUAACAGGUUUAAUACCGUCAAGUCUUAGAUAUUGUACAUCCUUGAAUAUUUUGGACUUAGGGAACAAUAGACUUAGUGGUAGUAUACCAAAACAAGUUUUCGAACUUCGCUCCCUAUCAAGAGGUCUCAGCUUAACUAACAACCUUCUCACUGGUUCACUUCCAGUGGAAAUUGGCAACUUGAAAAACCUUGAGUUACUGUUCCUGCACAAUAACAAAUUAUCUGGUGUAAUCCCAAGUGCCAUAGGCGAGUGUUUAAGCUUAACAGUUGUAAGAUUGGACGGUAACUUUUUUCGAGGAAAUAUUCCUCCAACUAUGAGUUUCUUAAGAGGUCUCGAAACAUUAAAUCUUUCACGAAAUAACUUGUCUGGUACAAUACCAACCGGGUUCGAAAGUCUAGCACUCCGACGAUUGAAUCUAUCUUACAAUAAUCUGGAGGGAGUGGUACCGAAAAGCGGAGUGUUUAAGAACAUGAGUGCAUUUUCUAUUGAAGGGAAUAAUAAGCUUUGUGGUGGCAUACCUGACUUAAAGCUGCAGAACUGCUCAGUUCCAUCAAAUAGACAACAAAGGAAAUCGACGCCUAUCCAAGUAAUAAUAAUCAUCAUAGUUGCUGUGGUUUUAUUUCUAGCUUUAAUUGUGUUUAUUCUCGCUCUUUACUGGAGAAAAAAGAAGUCAAAAGCUAUACAACCUUCGACACCUUUUGACGUAGCCAAUCAAUACAUGGGAGUUUCUUACAAUGAGCUCUUUAAAGCUACCAAUGGUUUUAAUGAUUCUACCAACUUGCUUGGUGCGGGAAGUUUUGGCUCUGUAUAUAAGGGAGUUCUUCGCCGAGAUGAAUCAAAUCACGAUGUUGCAGUUAAGGUUUUACACCUUCAACAAAGAGGUGCAACCAAGAGUUUCAUGUCUGAAUGUGACGCCCUAAGGAACGUUAGACAUAGAAAUUUACUCAAGAUCGUUACUUGUUGCUCGAGUACUGAUUUUCAAGGUAAUGAUUUCAAAGCUCUAGUUUAUGAGUUCAUGGCUAAUGGAAGUUCAGAAAAUUGGUUGCACCCAACUGCAAAUAACAUAAAUAAGAACGAUCGACUACAACUUGGUAAUUUGAACCUUGAAAGAAGACUGGGCAUUGCAGUUGAUGUUGCUUCUGCACUAAAGUAUCUUCACCAUGAUUGUCAAUCUCCAAUUGUUCAUCGUGAUCUAAAACCAAGCAAUGUCCUUCUCGAUGGUGAUCUGAUUGCCCAUGUGGGUGAUUUUGGCUUGGCUAAGUUUAUUCCAUUUCCUUCCGGUUGUUCCAAGCCGCUGAAUGAACAAGAUGCGAGUUCAAUUGCAAUAAAGGGCUCCAUAGGUUAUGUUCCUCCGGAAUAUGGGAUGGGUGGCGAAGCGUCCACACAAGGCGAUGUGUAUAGUUAUGGGAUACUUUUAUUGGAGAUGUUUACAGGAAAGAGACCGACAGAUGACAUGUUUAAGGAUGGUUUAAACAUUCAUAACUUCUGUAAGAUGUACGUAUUGCCAGAGCAUAUUGAGGAGAUUAUCGAUUCUUGUUUAUUGUUAGAUGUAGAAGAAAAAUAUCAUGAUGAUGGUGCAAUUAUCAAUUACAAAAUGCAGGGAAUCCAAAGGAUACAAAUAUCAAGAGAUACGGUGAGACAAAUCCUAGCUUCAAUAAUUCAGAUAGGAGUCCAAUGUUCUUCAGAAUUACCUUCAGAUAGAAGCAGCAUGAAUGAGGUUAUUGUUGAUGUACAAGCGCUUAAGAAUAAGUUUCAUGUUGUUGGACUGUAAACAGUGUCCUCUGAUCUGUAUUUAUGUUCCAUUUUUGGUGUCUUCGCACCAUAGGUUCCCCUUCCUUUGUGAAUUUGUGAUAAUAAAUUACU